AGUUAAAGCAAUUAAGAAGGCAGUUUGCAGCAUCUUCAGAUAUUAACAAAGAACACUUUUCAUGGAGAUAUAUCAGUAGAAAUAUUUGUUCAGAGCAAUAUACGAGAAGAAGGAAAACCUUUGUGACCUGUGACAAGAGAAAGGAACAUUAUGGAAAAUGAAUUAUUUAGGAGUGAAGUUGAAUGUAAAAGAGAGUCUGAAGAAAUUGAUUUUUCUGAUGAGGAAAAGAAUGAAAAGGGCAAAACAUCAUUUGAUUGUGAUAUCUGUGGCAAGUUGUUCUCUCGGAAAGCUAAGUUAGUCAUUCACGAACGUACUCAUACAGGAGAAAAACCAUAUCACUGUGAUAUCUGUGGUAAAUCAUUCGCUCAGAAAGGUAACUUGACUACUCACCAACGUAUUCAUACAGGAGGGAAGCCAUAUCGCUCUGAUAUCUGUGGUAAGUCAUUGUCACAAGAUAGUGAUUUAACAAGACAUAAGCAGAUUCAUUCAAGAGGAAAAUAUUUAUACUGUGACAUCUGUGGUAAAUCAUUCUUGCGGAAAGAUAACUUAGUCAUCCACCAACGUAUUCAUACAGGUGAGAAGCCAUAUCAUUGUGACAUUUGGCAAAUGAUUUACUCAUAAAAGCAGCUUAACUUCUAACAAGAGCAUUCAUAUGACAGACAAACCGCUCCAGUGGUCUGUCAUCGUUGUUUUCCUCUCCAUUUUUGCCAUUCUCUCAUGGGUCAGAAGGAAUUUGUUGAGGUGAAUUUUUGCUGUCCAGAUGCUCUUCCUGUUGCCAACCUUCACCUGUUUCAAACUAAAAUAUUUCCCCGUGACCUGACAUGUUUUUGUGGCAGAUUGGCGAUGGACAUUGCUUGCAUGGCAGUGACACCCACAACUAUCACACAGUCUCAAGGCAAGGAUAUAGUAACACGCACACACACAUUCAUAAGCCCCUCACACUUCUAUGAAACAUCCCCCUCUAUCCUCUGUACCACUAAUAUUCCCCCACCACCACUACCUUUUGUGUAUGUCCUCAUACAUCUCCAUCACCAUCCAUUUCUCUCUAUAUAUCUAUCAUUCUCUCCUUUCUUUUCCUACUGGAAUCGUCAGGUUUCUCCUCUAUAGUAAGACACUCGUCUUUCUCCUGCUGUUAUACAUCAACCUCCCAACUGA